AUGUUUUCAGAGGAGCAGAAGACAUCAUCGGCUUCCAGCGACUCGAAUAAGCAGCAAAUGUCAAAUUCCGACAGCCCUGCGUCCCCGACCGUUCAUAUGCCCCCAGCGGUUACGUCCAGUCGGAGCUCCGCCUUUGUCACUCGCAUCGAGCUCUUCGCUGCCGGUGUGCCGGAUUGGGGAAUGUUGGGAACUGGCAAAGUAAUCUGGAGGGAAGACGGUAUUCGAGGUCUUUAUCAAGGCCUAGGCCCAAUGCUUCUAGGAUAUCUCCCUACGUGGGCGGUAUAUCUAGCUGUUUACGACCGGUCACGCGAAUACUAUUAUGAGACUACUGGCAGUUGGUGGCUAUCAAGAGGAUACGCUUCUGUAACGGCGGGCGCUUGCUCUACUAUUGUCACUAACCCCAUUUGGGUGAUAAAAACGCGACUGAUGUCCCAGAGUCUAAGGUCCACGACAGAAGGAUUCCGAGCUCCUUGGCAAUACAGCGGCACUUGGGAUGCUGCCCGAAAGAUGUACAAGAAUGAGGGCAUCCUCUCAUUCUAUUCUGGCCUAACGCCAGCAUUGCUGGGACUGGCGCACGUGGCUAUUCAAUUUCCUCUUUAUGAAUACCUGAAAAUGGCUUUUACCGGUUACAGCAUCGGAGAACAUCCUGAUACUGGAAGUUCCCACUGGGUUGGGAUAAGUUGCGCAACAUUUCUGAGUAAGAUCUGUGCCAGCACUGUGACGUAUCCUCAUGAGGUUUUACGGACAAGGCUCCAGACACAGCAAAGAACUCCGCCAUCACCUUCACCAGAGGAGAUUGCAUUCCGGGGUGGACUGGGUGGCAUGGAUCGUGGACGUGGUGCAGGUGCAUCUUCAUCUGACGGUAUGCCUAACAGGCCUCGCUAUUCCGGGAUUAUCCGCACAUGUCAGACGAUUCUACACGAGGAGGGCUGGCGGGCGUUCUACUCUGGGAUUGGAACGAACCUAUUUCGAGCCGUCCCCGCUGCCAUGACCACCAUGCUCACAUAUGAGUAUCUCCGAAAACUCAUUGGGCAUAUGAAACAUGAGGGAGAGAUGAAGCUCAGGCUUGAGGAGGAAAAGAACUCCACAGGGGCAAUAUAA